AUAAAAACAAACAACCAACCAACCAACAAACCCAACUACCUCCCAAGUCCCAAGUCGCAAUAAAAGCUCCCUGUUGUGUGAUUCGCGCCUGACCCCGGGUGGUCCGGUGGUCAUUAUGCUAUCUCCGGCGCCGUUGACAUUUCCAUUUCCUUAGAUCACUGCCUCCUCCUAACCUCUUGGAAAUUUUUUUUUAUUAUUAUCAAAAAAAAAAAAAAAAAAAAAAAGUUUCUCUCAAUUAUGAAUCAAUAGAGCUCCAUUGUCCCAUCUCCGUAUGGAGUCCGUACCUGAAGAAGGUUGUGAAGGAGACGAGAGGUAUAUGGAAAAGAGUCCGGGCUUGGGCUUGGGCUUGGGCUUAGGCCUGGACCGGAAUGCCAACCAUAUCUCUGAACCUCCAACUCCAAGGACACCGACUAUGGUGCUAUCCAAUUCCGGCAAGGCUCUGCUGGUUUCGAAUUCUAGCAAGUCUUUGGUUAUGUCGAAUUCGGGCAAGAAGAUAGAUAAGAAGAAGUAUGUGAAGCAGGUGACGGGUCGACACAAUGACACUGAGCUCCACUUGGCUGUGCAGCGUGGGGAUUUGGAAGCCGUGAAGCAAAUUUUGGGUGAAAUUGAUGCACAGUUGGUUGGGACAAUAAGCGGAGCGGAUUUUGAUGCUGAGGUGCUUGAUAUAAGGGCAGCCAUUGUGAAUGAGGUGAAUGAAUUGGGCGAGACCGCGUUGUUUACUGCAGCCGAGAAGGGUCAUCUUGAUGUUGUUAAGGAGUUGUUGCAGUAUACCACUAAGGAGGCAAUUUCGUUUAAGAAUAGGUCAUGGUUUGAUCCUUUGCACAUUGCUGCAAGACAAGGUCAUGAAGCCAUUGUCCAGGUGCUAUUAGAUCAUGACCCAGGGCUAAGCAAAACAGUUGGCCAAUCAAAUGCAACCCCUCUUAUAACUGCUGCCACAAGAGGGCAUACAGCAGUAGUUAAAGAAUUGCUAUCAAAAGAUCCUAGCUUGCUGGAGAUAUCUAGAUCCAAUGGAAAGAACGCGUUACAUUUAGCUUCCCGGCAAGGGCAUGAAGAUAUUGUAAAAGCAUUGCUUGACAAAGAUCCACAGUUAGCUCGAAGGACUGAUAAGAAAGGGCAGACUGCUCUGCAUAUGGCUGUAAAAGGGGUCAGCUGUGAAGUGGUGAGGUUGCUUCUUGAGGCAGAUGCAGCUAUUGUCAUGCUCCCAGACAAGUUUGGCAAUACGGCAUUACAUGUAGCCACCAGGAAAAAGCGGGCAGAGAUAGUGAAUGAGCUGUUAUUGCUUCCCGACACUAAUGUGAAUGCACUAACACGAGACCAUAAAACAGCCUUUGACAUAGCUGAUGGAAUGCCCCUCUCAGAAGAAUCCUCAGAAAUUAAGGACUGCUUGGCUCGUUAUGGUGCCGUUAGAGCAAAUGAACUUAACCAGCCACGAGAUGAGCUUAGGAUAACAGUGACAGAAAUAAAAAAAGAUGUACACACGCAGCUUGAACAAACCCGCAAAACGAACAGAAAUGUGAAUGGGAUAGCCAAGGAGCUCCGUAAGCUCCACAUAGCUGGAAUCAACAAUGCCACCAACUCAGUCACAGUGGUUGCCGUGCUAUUUGCCACUGUUGCAUUCGCGGCGAUUUUUACAGUUCCUGGUGGUGACACAGAUAGUGGGAAUGCUGUGAUGGCGAGCAGUACACCAUUCAAGAUCUUCUUCAUCUUUAAUGCCAUUGCACUCUUUACGUCAUUGGCUGUUGUGCUGGUACAAAUCACAAUUGUCAGAGGGGAGAUGAAGUCUGAGAGGCGGGUUGUUGAGGUGAUCAAUAAGCUAAUGUGGUUGGCCUCUGUAUGCACUACGGUUGCAUUUAUCUCUUCAGCAUAUAUAGUGGUUGGUCGGCAUAACAAGUGGGCUGCAGUGCUUAUUACAGUUAUAGGGGGAGUCACCAUGGCAGGAGUUCUUGGAACCAUGACAUAUUGCGUGGUCAAGUCGAAACAAGUUCGCAAAGUGAGGAAGAAAGAGAAGAUGUCAAAAAGUGGGACUAGCUUAUGGAAUCACUUGGAUUCUGAUACAGAAUUGAACCCAAUUUAUGCCAUUUGAUGUUAAUCAUGGAUUUGACUACCCCAAAAUUUUUUAUUUUCAUCCUGGCCUUAAGGUGGCCACUGCUGCCUAGUCUGAUUUUUUCCAUGUCAAGAGAACAGAAAAGAUAGUAGUUUGUGCUGUAGAUACUACAUCCAUGGAUAAGAAUAGUGGAAAUGGACGCCUUUCUUGGAAGUGGAGGAUUUCUUUUUGGUGUUUGGAGGAUGAAUAUCAAAUAUUGGAGCAAAACUGAUCAUUGAUCAUGAAUCUUCAAAGGCUAGGAAUCUCAUGUGGUUAUUGCAUUUAUGUACGUAUUGAUAAUUCAUUAUCAUUACAGGUGAUACAGUCUCCAAAUGGAGUACAUAUAGUGGUUUAAUUUGUGUAUUUGUAGAUCCAAUUUUUGAUUGUGAAUCCAUUCUCUGUUUUUUAUUUA